CAAACCCAUUUUGAUAAAACCCAAAGUAUAACAACAAACCCUAACCCUCCGAUCAAAACCCCUAUUUCAUUUUUAGUCGGAAACGAAAACCCUAAUUUCCCCAUUUCUCUGCUGCAGCAGCCAUGGUGUCAGGUUCAGGAGUAAUGGCGAAGAGAGUGGUCGUCGAUGCCCGACACCACAUGUUGGGGCGUCUAGCCUCCAUUGUUGCAAAGGAGCUUCUUACUGGACAACGCGUUGUGGUGGUUCGUUGCGAAGAGAUCGCACUUUCUGGUGGUCUUGUUAGGCAGAAGAUGAAGUAUCUUCGUUUUCUUCGUAAGAGGAUGAACACUAAACCUUCUCAUGGUCCUAUUCAUUUCCGUGCUCCUUCUAAGAUCUUCUGGCGUACUGUUCGAGGUAUGAUUCCUCACAAGACAAAGAGGGGAGCCGCUGCAUUGGCAAGGUUGAAGGUGUAUGAGGGAGUUCCCCCACCUUAUGACAAAAUCAAGAGGGUGGUUGUUCCCGACGCUCUUAAGGUGUUGAGGCUUCAAAAGGGUCACAAAUACUGCUUGCUUGGCCGUCUAUCAAAGGAAGUCGGCUGGAACCACUACGACACCAUCAGGGAGCUCGAGGAGAAGAGAAAGGAGAGGUCCAAGGUUGUUUACGAAAGGAAGAAGCAGCUCAACAAAUUGAGGGUGAAGGCUGAGAAGGCAGCUGAGGAGAAGCUUGGUUCCCAACUAGAAAUUCUUGCCCCAGUCAAGUAUUGAGGAUAGAAGUUGAUUGUUUUAUGUACUGCCAUUUAGUCCUCUUAAAUCAUUUGUCAUACAUCCAUCAUCGUAGUUAUCGUUUGCUUUGGCACUAAUUUUGAAUUUUGUUGGGCAUCUAAUACGAUGAAUUUUGUGGUGCGUAACCAUUUUGAGCAUAUUUAGACUCUGUUCUACCUGAGUAAAUCUUAAACUUUCUUGUCUUGGGCUCA